AAAAAUUAGAAUUCGGAAUUACAAUUUACAAUUGAUUAUCGAGGCAUCAAUGUUAAUUGUUCACAUUAGCUAUGAAACAUUUAAAAUUCAUUUCAAGGACUGUAUUGGUGCGGAAUGAAAAUGUGGACGAAGCCUGCCGUGUUUUGAACCGAAUAAUGGGUUCUGAAGGUUUCUUGGAUCAGUACAGAAGAACAAUGUUUUAUGAAAAACCAACUCAAAUGAGAAGGAGGAUUAAUUACGAGAAAUGUAAAGCCAUAUACGAUGAAGACAUGAAGCGCAAGAUUAAUUUUGUUCUACGCAAAAACCGACCAGAGCCUUUUCCUGGAUGUUAUUAGUUAAGUUUAGUAGAAAUAUUUAUUUUUACAUGUCUUAUCAUACAAUAUUGUUAGCAUAAACCUUGUAAUAUUAUACACUUUUAUAAUUAUAAUAUCCUGUAUAUUUGGAAUUCAAUAUAGCCUACUUAUAGGUAUUCAUUUUGA